AUUCAAAACAUUCAUUCAUUAAAAAAACAAAAUAGCAAUUCUAAGAUAUUUUAUCAGGGAAAGGUUGGAAUUGCUAGGCCCGCUCGUUGAGUUGAAAUGCGAGGAAAACAAUUUUUUAUCAGAAAGAUAUGGCAGGGUUAUCACAAACUCUGUUGCUGAAUUCUGUUCAUCUUCAUCCCAAGUUUCGAUCUCUGCACCGCUUGCCCACCGCACGCAAAAACAUUGCUGUUUUUCAUGGAGAAGUUUCAGCAAGGGGAUUAUUUUCACGGGGUAGAAGAAGCGGGGAUUAUUCGACGUGGCGUCCACCUCAUCCGCCAUGUUGUUCCAGCAAUGACUCCGAAGACUCGGCCUUACCUGGGGGUGGCGUUGGCGUUGGAUCAGCCUUAGAAGAAAGGCCUGGGAAGCUAGCAGAAGAUUUACAGGGGGAAUAUCUUCAAAGUUCAGAAGAAGUUUCUCAGGAAAGUUCUCUAUCUAAGUGGUUAUAUCCUAGCAAAGAAGAGCUACCAGAUGAUAAAGAAAUGAGUAUUUUUGACCAUUUAGAAGAACUUCGGCAGAGGAUAUUUGUUUCAGUCUUGGCUGUUGGUGUGGCUAUCUUAGCAUGCUUUACAUUUUCUAAAGAUUUGAUAUAUUUUCUGGAAGCCCCUGUGACUCCACAAGGUGUUCGAUUCUUGCAGCUGUCACCAGGAGAAUUCUUUUUUACAACCUUGAAGGUAUCUGGCUACAGUGGCCUACUUUUGGGGAGUCCUGUCAUCAUUUAUGAAAUUAUAGGAUUUGUGGUUCCGGGUUUAACAAGAAGUGAAAAGAGAUUUUUGGGGCCAAUUGUUCUAGGCUCAUCAGUCCUUUUCUAUGCCGGCCUUGCAUUUUCUUAUGAAGUGUUGACUCCAGCAGCACUAAACUUCUUUGUAAGUUAUGCCGAAGGAGUGGUGGAGUCUCUCUGGUCAAUUGAUCAGUACUUUGAGUUUGUGCUGGUGCUUAUGUUCAGCACAGGACUAGCUUUUCAGGUUCCAGUCAUACAAUUAUUACUUGGACAGACUGGGUUGGUGACUGGAGAGCAAAUGCUCUCAGUUUGGAGAUAUGUGGUGGUCGGUGCUGUGGUUGCAGCAGCUGUGUUGACACCUUCAACUGAUCCCUUGACUCAGGUUCUCUUGGCAGGUCCACUCAUUGGUCUCUAUUUAGGCGGUGCAGCCCUUGUGAAACUGAUUGCACCCCAGAAUAAGAUAACCUAAUUAAACGAAGAUGGAGAGCACAUUUCAAUGUAUAUUAUAGGCGUAUCAAUGUAUAUCAAAUUUGUAACCAGUAAAUUGAAAGCUUUCAAGCUCUUUUUACCUUCGGAAAAUUCAAAUGAUAUUAUUAGAAUAGUAUACUAUUGUUUGUCUUCAUUAUUUUAAAAUUUUUAGAUUCCUAAGCUUCUUGGCAACCUUCUCUGGAAUCUUGGCAACUUUGUUAAAAAGGUGACUCAUUCCAAAGUCCUUUUAAAAGUGUGAGUACUUUGUGACAACAGAUAAUUGUCACAAAACCGUAGCACUGCCUUUUUGUUUGAAAAUAUAAAUUUUCUGAUUUAAACCUCA